GAGGCAAAGGUCCCUCGCGGAAUCGGGACGAGGGCGCAGGCAGCCACCCAGCAGCAUCCCCGUGGAGCCGGCUGCAGGCUCCCGGCAGGAUGGCAUGGCGCGCGCUGGCGCUCUUCCCCUUCCUCCUGGCCGCAGUUUCAGGCAACACAGCGCCCUACUUCAACAUGACCAUCGUGUACGUGCCGGAGGACCUGGAGAUUGGCCAGGAGGCUUUCCAGCUGCAGGCUUUUGAUGUGGACGGGGACCCCCUCACCUACAGCAUCAGUGGGUCGGAGGCCUUCUACUUCUCUGUCGAUGAGAACACAGGCCAAGUGUUUCUCAGGAACCUCCUGGACCGUGAGACCGUGGCCAGGAUCACACUCACCGUCACCGUGUCCGAUGGGCAGAACGAUGCAGUCUCCAAAAAGCUCCCAAUCAUCGUGGAGGACCGGAAUGACAACGCCCCUGUUUUCCACAACCUACCCUAUGAAACCACCGUCCCUGAGGUAGCUCCCUGCGGCAGCAAGUUGUGGUUGUGCUGGGACAGGGCGAUGGCGCAACAGGACAGGGCAAUGCUGUGA